AUUGUCUGAUGCAUUAGGUUUAUAUGACAUUUAAUUUAAUGUCUUCAUCUGUUCCACCUGAUACACUGACUACACUCCCAAGAUCCUCCAGCUUUUGUGUGAAAGUCCAUUGGAUUCCUUUCCCUGAAUUAGAAAAAAGCUUUUUUUGUGAGCUAAUCCAAUACUAGAAGAAACAGCUAGGAGAAGUGAAAGAAGAUAUCCUGUUUGACUCCAGAUGUGACUGGGAAUUCCUCUGCGGUUUGCCACUGUGGGCUACUUGGCAGCAUGGUGAAAUAAACAAGCUUGAAAACAACAUUUGUAAAAAAUGGCGCAGGAUUCUGCUUCAUUGCUACCUCAUGUCUCAAGUGUUAAGGGUGAAAUAGGUCUCUAUGGUCACCACACUCAUGGCCUGACAGUGUUAACUACAGCUGUAUUUGCUGUGGGUGAGAUGGCAGGGUCUGGUGUUUUGGCCUUACCUGCAGCUCUUAAUGGCACUGGUUAUAUUGGCAUCUUACUGAAUGUCAUGUGUGCCAUAGUAUCUGCAUACACUGGCAUGUUGUUGGGCAGAUGUUGGCUGAUGGUACUUCACAGAUACUCAGAAUACCAAGAACAUUCUAGAUAUCCUUAUCCAGCUAUUGGGCAAGUCACCUUUGGAAAACCUGGAAGACUUAUAGUAUCUUGUGCUAUCAACUUCACAUUAUUUGGUGUCUCUGUGGUUUUUUUACUGCUGGCCUCUGAGAACAUCCAGUCACUGAUUCAAGAUGCUGGUGCCAACAUUUCUUUCUGCUACUGGCUUUUGAUUGUUGCAGGAUGUCUCCUUCCAAUAACAUGGCUUGGCACACCCAAAGACUUUUGGCCCAUAGCAGUGGGGGCAGUGGUAGCUACAAGUGUGGCCUGCUGUGUCAUCCUGGCCAAUAUUGCUGAGGAUUCUAAAACUUUACCUCCAGCUUUUUAUCCCAAGAUUGACUUCAAAGGAUUCUUCUUUGCUUUUGGAACUAUUUGUUUUGCAUUUGGUGGACAUCCAGCAUUCCCAACCUUUCAAGCUGAUAUGAGAAAUCCAGAAAAGUUUGGAAAAGCAAUAUUCAUAGCAUACAUGAUUGUUCUACUUAUGUACCUUCCUGUGGCUAUCAGCGGUUAUGUGGUUUACGGCAGCCAUGCUCAGGACAACAUACUUCAGAGUGUUUCAGCGGGCCCAAUGAGAUAUACAGUAGAGAUUCUUAUCACUCUUCAUCUCAUUUGUAGUUUUAUCAUUGUGAUCAACCCUGUGUGUCAGGAGGGGGAACAACUACUACAUAUACCGACAAGUUUCAGCUACAAGCGAGUUAUAUUUAGGACAGCAAUGAUGGCAGUAAUUUUGUUUGUAGCAGAGUCCAUCCCUCACUUUGGUGCCAUACUUUCACUAGUUGGAGGAUCUACCACCACAUUGUUGGCUUACAUCCUUCCUCCUGUUUUCUACCUCAAGCUCUGUUCUAUGGAGGGAAGCUGGGAAAAAGUGACGGCUUCCCUUCAUGAGAAAGUUGCUUGUGCUGAGAUUAUCGCCAUAGGGGCUGUAGCUGGCAUUGCUUCCACUUACUCCGCUAUCUCAGACUUGGCCACUAGUAGCUUCUCUAAGCCCUGUUAUGUCUAGUCUUAGGCUACCAACUAUUAUUUCCCAUGAUUAUUAGUGGUGAUGGUAUAAAAAAAUUGUAAUAUUGGUAAAUUUUAUAUUUGUUAAGAAUUAUGUAAGGUAUGAUUUUGAUUUUGUAAAUGUAAAUAAUUAUUGCAUCUGUUCAAUGUCUUUGUUUUUCAUCAUUAUUAUAACUCUCUUCAAAACAGCGUCUUCUAUUUUCACAUUGUUUGCCCAAUUUUACCUUGUAAAAAAUACAUUAUCAUAGUAGUAAAACAGAAUUUUACAGAAUUUUAAAUGAUUUUUGUGCCAGCAUCACGCUUCUGUCAUUGAAUUUUUGUAUAGUUAUAGAGUGACAUUGACAUUGUUAUAUUGUUGUUUUAUUUUUACAUAAAAUGCCUUGUGUUGUGUUUGUAUUGAAAAGGUGUCUGAUCAUAUUUUCAAUUGAGUUUUUUAAAUAUUUAUUUGUCAAAGUUAUUGGAGUAUAUUUUAUGAUUCCAUGUAAGAACAAUUUUUUUAUUUACAGAUUAUACAAUUUAUUUAAAAAAGUAGUAUUAAUAUUUUCUGUCUAUAUUAAGUUAAUUUUUACAUUGCCCUAAAUUUUAUAAAUCUCUAGUAACUCUAUGUGAUAGACUUGUCUUUGGCAUUCAUUGUUCUGAGACACAAGCUUAACUCAUAUGGCUGAUGUGGGAAAUCAAAGAGGCACAGAAAGUCUAUUAACACCAUUGUAGGCUAUUGGAUUUGGCUUCCUGAAUGACAGUCUGGAGCUUUUAAUAACUGUGUCUCUGAGUUGAUUUCCUUAUUUUUAGUUUUUUAUAUUUUACAAAGUGUAUAGUCUUGGUAAAGAAAUGGCAUUUUUUAUCUACCAUAUACACAAUAAAAAUAUAAAUAAAUAAAACAAUAACUAUAACCAAGUAAAUUAAUAUUAGGAUACUAUUUUUAUUAAAUGGAUUGUUCAAGAAAUAUUAGUUUCUUGUAUGUAUCUCAGAGCAAAGGUGUAAUGAAUCUAUGCUACCAAACCUUUUCAUUUUUAUAUAGGUUUUACUUAUAGAAUGGUUAAUGUUUGAAAUCCAGUCAUUGAAAUUCUAAUGUAUCUUUCUGAAGACUUUUGCUAUUUAAUGAAAUAAUAUACUGAUAAUAGUGUGUAACUUAGCACAUUAAUUUAUUUAAAUACUAUGUAUGUCAGUAAUUUGUAAUUAUUUUUUUUAAUUGUUCUAGUUUUUGAACUUGUAAUUUUAUCAGUCUUUUUUUUUUCACAUAGCUUUUUAAAACUGAAAUAUUUGUGCAACAUUUUUUUUUAGAUUAUCUCCCUUGUUCCUAUAUCAUGUCCCUUUUUUCUGCUGUAAUGAACAUUAUACCAUUAUUAUAAUUGCUUUAUAAUAUGUUAACUUGGAAAAAUGUGAUGUAAAAAGUAUGUUAUAAGAAAAGCAACUAAGACUACUUGAAUGCUUUCACCAAAGAUGCUUGCGCUCCAUCAUGGACAUAUGGUGGCAAGACGCACUACAAACAGCGAUGUCCUUGCAAACGCUGGUAUGGACAGUAUAGAGAGACUUCUAAUGGUCGGACAGUUACGCUUGAAUGUAUGCCAAAAGCUGUCUUUUUUGGUGAGCUAAUAGGUGGUUGACGUAACAGAGGUGCCCAAUACUUGCUGUAUUGGUUUCAUUUAAAAAAAUAAAUACAUAAAUUUUAUAGCUUGCAUAUUCAGGUUGAAACAUUUGAUGACUAAUUAAAUAAUUUUUAUAGAUUUGAUAUUCAAUAUAACAAAAAUAAGAAUUUAAUUCAAUCUUUUAAUUUUGAUUAAUAUUCUGUGGGCUUAUUUUUUUUAUCAUUUUAAAAAUGUAUUAACCCAAAAGUAAACACAAAAGUAUUUUUUUUAUUAAAAAAUGACUGUUGUUGCUGAGAAACAUAUAUGCUUAAUAUCUUGUGUGUGUAACCUAUGAUAGAAAUGAUAUCUUGAAUGCGAAAUUUUAAAGAUAAAAAUGGACAGCAAAAUUUUGAUAAUUUUUAUAUAAUAUUCUUUAUCCUUGGAAAGAAAAGGUCUUGUAUGUUAACUUGAACAAUAGAAGGCUAUAAAUAUUUAUUUGCUAAUAUUAACUCAAUUUUGAAUAUAUAUAUAUAUAUAUAUAUAUAUAUAUAUAUAUAUAUAUAUAUAUAUAUACAUGAGUUGAAAUAGAAUAUUGUAAGUCAGGUCAGAUACAUUUGUUUUUAUUCAGAUGAUUAUGACCUAAGGAUUCUAUGACAAAUUGAAAUCCUUAAAAUGGUAGAACCCCAGGAAUAUUGUUCAAUGUUCUUGUUGACACAAGUAUUUAUCAGCUUGUUUCAUCAUUGAAGUUAUUUAUGGCAACUGAUCAAUUUUCAUUUUGGUCUAAUCCACAAACAAUAUUUAGAUUAAAUAUUGAUUUCUUAGAAAAAACACUUUCUACACCUUUUUUUUAUGCAGUUUUAUUUUUCUGUUUGGAAAAAUACUGGAUUCUUUAAUUAUCUUUCCUUCCUAUUGACUUUCUCUUCUGCUUUCUUUUUUCUUUUUUAACCAACAGUAUUUGUUUGUUAAUAUUGAUCCAAUUUUGGAUUCAGUAGACUGUUCUUGAAACUUCAUAAAAUCAAAUAGUAAUUAUACUUGUAUUAAAAAUUAUAUUUGUCUCUAGCAUUGUUCUCAUAAAUAUUUUUAGUCUUUAAAUGAUUUUUAUUUAAAUUCCCCUUCAGAGAAGUUUUUUGGUAUUAAUUUUUUUAAGCUUUGCUUAUUACUGAGGUUAUUUUAGUGUCAUUUGUUAAUGUCAUGAUGGACAAAGUAAUAAACUCUAUGUUGUGUAGAAA